AUGACUAAUCUGUCUGAGAAGAUACUCAAAGUUUUUGUUGAUAAACAAUGUGUCGUUUUGAAAGAUUCAGACAUCAGCCUUUCCCUUAUUUCUCAAGGUAUUCAAUGUUAUACUGCAGAAAUUCGUCAUCAGGUGCAAGCACUCAGUCCAGCUUUAUUUGAAUUAACAGUCAAUAAAGACAAUUCCAUUACAGUGCAUGUCGAACCUAAACUCGAUAUUUGUGAAGCAUUUCUAGCGGGUGAUUGUCACAAUGCAGUACGAUCCUGUGGUAAACUUCAUCUGUGUCGUGAAUUCGAGCAUUGUACUAAACGAUUAUGCACCUUUCCACAUAAGUUUGAUCAUGGUCAAAACCAGAAGAUUAUCGAGCAGAUGAAUUGUCAGAAUAUCGGUGCACAAUUACUGGUGAAAUUGAUUCGACUGAAAAAACCUGCUCGGAUAAAUGUCCGUCGAGAUUCAGAUUUUGUUCAGAAACUGAAUACGACAGAUCUUAUUCAGUCAAAUUCUAUGACGGAUGAGACUGAUCGUCAAAUAGAUAUAAGUUUUCCGUCGUCAAGUUAUGCGCCACACAUUGAUAUGGAAAUUAUCGAAAUGAGCCUAAGCGUAGAAAACUUUCGGAUGGAGAAGAAAUUAAACGAAAGUGAAAACGAAUACUUUCGACGGGUGACCAUUCAAUUAGACGAAGCUAGCGAUGUAGACAAGUUAUUGAAACGUCAAAUAUCAACUUUUAGCGAACGAGAUAUCAAGUUCAAACGUACAAAACAAUUCAUCGAUAAAGCCGGUUUUGUUUUGAAAACCAUACUAAUCAAUGAACAAGAUAAGAUAGCAGAAAAUCGAAUUCGAUUGUACAUUUCUUUACUAGUUGGAAAUACGGUCCAAUUUACGCUAGUAGACCUUUCAACUACAAACGAACAAGUCGUUCUAGUGCAAUGCAAUAAUAACAUAGAAUUCAAAAAACUCUAUGAACAGUAUCGAGCAAAACCGCAACUAAAAGGACAAGAGUUGUCUUUAGUGCAGAUUUACGAAUGUGAUACAGUUAGCAUAAGUUUUCUUGAUAAGAAAUCCAUGUCAUACAACGAUAUUGAAAAUAUUGUACGGCCUGCUCGAAUCGAUGUUUUCACCUAUCAGUUGACGGCCGAUAAUUCAGUUGAAGUGGAGUUUACUAAUCCUGAUGCUUAUAAAAGUUGGAUGUCCAUUGUUGAUAGAAUCACUGCUAAAUUUCACGUUACCGUUACUCCGAUCAUUGUCGAUAUAGAUGAAAGAUGCGAGGAUGAAGAUAAGAGCAUUUCAACACCUCAAAGUAUUCCAUAUCAUCUUCCAUCGCCAUCUACAAACAAGCCUGCAUUAACUACAAUCACACUUCGUCCUGAGUGGGCUAUGGUUGCUGCACAUCGUGUUUUUCAAAUAGAGUACAAAGAAUACAUUCGUAACGAACUUGGUGGUGAGGUUACGGUCAACGGAGAUCAGAUAAGUUAUAUCGGUAGUUUUCCGCGAUUACCACGUUGUUCACAUAAUGAAGCUAUUCUCGCUAAUAAAACAAAUAAUUAUAUGCAAAAGCUAAGAUAUCAGGUGUUGCGCGAUCUGAAGCCGUAUCAUGUAAAUACUCUACGAAAACAUUCGAAUACAGUCGCAUACCGACGAGUUAACCAAAAUGAUUAUUCAGUUGCGGCAAAAUUUGAUGAUUUGAUUAAAUUGAAAGAUCAACUAUUUCACAAAAAUAAACCACGCUACCAAACAGACUCAAACACAACGGCUAAUCGCACAGCAGAAUACUGUUCACCGGCAGCUUCGAGUGUACCCAAACAAGAAACAACGGAACGACGACCAAGCACUUCUAUUGCUUCAGUCGUCAAUAAUACAUCGAUUUAUGCUGUUUCAUCUCCGGAAGAAUUAAGCAUGUUUUCAUUGAAGACAUUCGAAACUCGUUUAGAGCAACACUUAACAAGUACAUACAACGUUAAAGUAACCAUUGAGCGAAGCGUGUUAAACACAAAACCAAAAGGUGACGGAGCUCGUGUCAGCAUUAAAAUCAUCGGUGAAGGUCGUAGUGUUGAGAGUGCACUCAAUGACGUUCAAAAACUAUUCUUAUCGUUACGUACACGAAAAUUCGAUGAUGCAAAUAAUGGUAAUUGGACGAAGAUGGAAGAAGCAGCUCUGCUCAUUCAGCAUCAUUUAAAUCUAGAAGAUCUGAUUUGUACGUGUCAGAAGAUCUCGGCAACGGUUGUUCUCGUCACUUAUUUCGAUUUUUCUUCAGCGACAAUCACUUAUACUCCUCAAACAUCUUCAUCACAAUUUACAAAAGAUUGGACGGUAUUAGAAAAUACAAUUCGUCAACGAAUUGAUUAUAAAAAAGAUAUCUGUUUGCACGUGGAACAACAAACAAUGUAUCUAUUCGGUUUAACCAAAUUAGUUAAAGAGUUUCGUCAAAUGUUCGAACAACUUAAAAGUAAAUAUGUUCCUCAAUCGCACAAGAUACCGCUGACAAGAAAGCAGCUGGAUUAUUUAACACAUGUUGGUAUAGCUGAUCUGAUGAAACUCGAAAAGCGAUACAAAGGUGAUGGGUGUGAUGUAAGUCUAACACGUCUUCAACAACAUGGUGAUUUUCUUGCGCCAAUCGAUAUGCAUGCACAAAUCAAAGCCACUCUCAGUGCAUUAACAGAGAUUGAUGAAAUAACUUUCGAGAUACAGAAUAGUGCGUUCGCCAUACUAAUUGUUCAACAAUCUGAGCAAUUGAUCUCGUUGGUAAAGAACAAAUGCCUUCUUCAGAAAAAGUCUCGAACUCAACGUAUUGAAAUUCCAAUACCCAAAGCGCGCGGUGCUGAUUUAGAAGAUUUAGCCAAGCAACCUCAACAGGCAGCUGCACCAUUGGUACCUACAAGUAGUGUUAGUAUUGGAAAUUCAACAAUCACAAUCUGCACUGGAGAUUUAACAACACAAACAGUCGAUAUAAUUGUUGUUUGUUCUACUUCGGAGAUCAUGUGCAGAAACGUGAUCGCGCAAGCUGGUGCUCAGGUACAGAAGCAAUACGAUGCCAUGAUUGCUACGAAAAAUCACACAGGUGCAGCAUCGAAUGGGGCAUUACCGUGUAAGAAAAUAGUUUUCCUACCUUGGCAAUCAGGAACGUCUAAUCCACAUACCUUAAAGCCAUCUCUCAGUAAAUUUGUCACGUCAGCGAUCGAUUAUGUGGUUCAAAAUCAAUACAAAUCAAUCGCAUUUCCAAGCGUGGGUUGUGGUAAAUUAGGCUUUGACCCUUCGAUCAUUGCCAAACAUAUGAUUGAUGAAACUCAGGAACAGCUAAUGAAACUUAAUGAUCAAUUGGAUGUAUCAUUCGUUCUUUUACCCAGUCAAAAGAAUGUCUUUGAUGAAUUCGUCAAAUAUCUGAACAGUAUUAGAUCAUCUCGAACAACCGUAUCAAAUCCAACUGCAUCAGCAUCAACUUCCACGAUCGGCAAAACUAGCGUGGUCUCCAAAGUUUCAUAUGAUGAAAAAAUUACUGAAAUAACGCUGAUAAGUGCCAAGUCUCAACAUUUAACUAAAUGUAAACAAGAAAUCUUGGAAUUAGCUCAAUCAUCAUUGCAAACAAAACAAUUAGCCGGCAAGAGAGAGUUGUUAGAUUGGUCUCAAAGCACCAUCAAUCAAUUCUAUAACGAUUGUUUGAAACAACACGUGAAACCUACGCUGGAUUUAGAUGCCUUUACAGUGGUUUUAGUCGGACCAAGAGAUGCGGUUCAUGAAGCUGAAAAGCAGUUCUAUGAGCUAACAACUGAAACGUAUAAACAAGCGCGUAAUCAUGCUGUCUCACGAGGCGUUAUCUGGUCUGUUGAAGUGUCGCCUAAUUCAGAUAAUUGGGAACAAUAUUCUUUUAAAUUAAAUGGCAUGAUUGAAGAUGCCUAUCUGAAAAAACAACCAAAUCUUGAUUUUUCUAAUGACAAACAAGAACGUUGUCGAAUUGUAUUCAAUCUGAUGCAAGAACAUCACGGUUCAGAUGUGCGAACUAUACGACGAAAAGUAGUCGAUUCCUUAUUGCCUGACACAUGGGAAUCGUCGGAUCAAAAUUGUAAACGAGUUACUUUACAAUCUUCUUCUAAAGAAUAUCAAGAUGUUUUAAGACAAUUCAAUACGACGAUGAAUGGGCAUUAUAGAGAAAUUUUGAGAAUAGAACGUAUACAAAACGAGCGCUGGUACAAACAGUAUGCCGCUCACCGAGAUGAAUACAAACGACGUUAUGGAAAUCUUGACGAGCGAUUGCUAUUUCACGGAUGUAUUGGUACUUCAGCAAACCAAAUUGUCCAAGAAUGUUUCAAUCGGUCGUUUGCUGGUGUUAAUGGUGUCGCAUACGGUCAUGGCGUGUAUUUUCAUACCGAUGCCAGCUAUAGCCAUUCAUAUGCAAAACCCGGCGUAUCAGGAGAGCGAACUAUGUUUUUAGCACGAGUUCUUAUCGGCCGAACACAUGUAGGAAACUCACAAAUGAAAGUACCCCCACAGGGCUACGACACAACUACCGACGGAAAGAAUAUCUUUGUGGUGUAUCACGAUGCCGUUGCUUACGCUGACCAUCUAAUUACAUAUCAAUAG